AUGAGCCCUCCGGACAAACGCGGAGGAGCCGGUGGCUCCAAGGGGCCCACCCACGUCUUUCGCGGCGGCAGCCCACGCAAAGAACUGCCCGCAUCCUCGUCCUCGUCGUCCUCGUCCGCAGUGCGCACCAACAAUGUCAUUGCAGCUCCACCCCGAGCCCAACUCAGCUCCUCGCCGAGUCCCGAAGGCCCAUCUCGCACGCCAAGCGGCAGCGGCCCUCCGCUCAACGGCAGCAGCAACGGCACCGCCACACCCAUGUCCCGGCGCAGUAGCAAUGCGCCAAGCACGCGCUCACUCGCGGUCUCGGUACUGUCCUCAACCGAGGCUGGGAUGAAGGAGAAAGACACGCGAAUAUCCAUCCUGGAACGCGAGAUGGAGCUCAUGGAGACCGAAUUCCAGCGGGAACUUGACAAGCUCUCCCGCAACGAGAGCGAGACUGCCUCGUUCUGGCAGGCCAAGCACAGCGCGCUGAACCAGCAGUUCCUGCGGACUGACACCGAGCUGCGUCUGCUCCGGGACGAGAUGCGCGCGCGCGAGGCAGAGACCGAAGACCUUACUAAGGGCUGGAGAGACGCGCUGAGGGCGGAGCUGAAGGGCCGGGAGGACGAGAUCAGGGGUCUCCAGGCGCAGAUUAGGGGCCUCAAGGAGUGGGUCAGCACCAGCACGAGGGCUGACGGCACCACAAGCGACGAGGUCUUCGGUUCUGGGAUGGCGAACCUCGGCAACAGCUUGCAAAACUGGGUCAUCACGUAUUUCCGCAAGGUCAAGAUCGACCUGUCCAGGGCAGGCGGGACGGCACUACAGGAGCUCGCCAAUCUCGUUCCCAUGUACGAGGAGCUGGCACAAACCGCGAAGAUCCAUCUCUUGCAGUCAAUCGUGUCCAGGGUCCUGGUGAACAGGGUAUUCAGAGCUUACUUCGUGGGUUUGUCACCUGACCAAGAACAGCAGUUAAGGGAGACUGAGAGAAUGAUGGCAUCUUUCGGAUCUGUCGAGUCUGUCAACCAAUGGCGCUCUGUGACCCUGGCGAUCCUGAAAAAAGAGGCGGUACAAAAGAUGCAGGUACAGACGAUGCAAACAGCUGACGAUGUCGUUGCCCACGUCAACAGGGUCGUAGACUCCCUUGCAUCGGACAGCGCCACCAACACUGACGGCAGCACUGCACCAGCAAAUGUCUCCACAGAUGCAAGGGACCAGGCGUUACGGCACCUCGUAAGCAGCGCCAUCGAACUGUCGCGCCUUCUCGUCGUGCAGAAGGCAGUCUUCGAGGUAUGGAUGCCCGAGAUAGUGCCACAUCAGCAGGUCAUGUUUGAUCAUGCCACGAUGGAGGACAUCGGCGGCGAGGACGAAGAUUCCCUCGUCCAAAGAGAAAUAUUCUGUGUCACCUUUCCUGGCCUCAUCAAACAAGGCGACGAGAAUGGCGGGCAGCUACAGUUUAGAAACAUUAUAUCGAAAGCCAGGGUGCUCUGUAGCCCGGAAUAG